UAAGGCGGCGCGCCCGGCGCGCGCACCCGUCAGUCAGUUGUCAGCCUCCCGUCGAGUCGUGUGUGUCUCUCCGUGUUUGUUUUUGUGUCUGUGACACGCCGAUAGUGUUGCUAGUCGGUGUGCGAUAUUUCUAUUUCUGUUCUGCGAGUGUGAAUAGUGCUCACCAUAGUGGUCACCAUGAGCCAGCUGACGAGCUUCGUCUGCUGCGUGCUGCUCCUCGCAGCCGCGGCGUCUGCCAGCCCGUUGACCUCGUUCGGUCGCCGCGCGGCCCAGGAGUCCAACCCGGACCGCGACGUGGAGGUGGUGGAGCCCGUGAGCAGGGGUGGCUCGCGAGGCGGCUCGCGCGGCGGCGUCGUCGUGCCCGUCGAGAGCGACGCCAGUGACGAGAGCACCGGGGACAUCCCCUUCGCCUUCGGCAUCCCGGUCAGGCGCAUCGGCGGCGGUUUCGGCGGCGGCUUCGGCGGGCGCCCCAUCCUGGUCAGGCCCCUGGCCCUGCACCCCGUCCUGACCCGCGCCGACUCCGACGAGGCUUCGUCCGAAGAGGGUGGCUUCAUCACCCCUUUCUUCAGCGACCCCAUGAAUAACUUCAUGGCCCAAAUGGCUGAAAUGAUGGCUGUUAUGCGCCGCCAGAUGACCGAAGUGCUAAGCCGCGGAGGUGGCUCCAGCAGGGACGACUCUCCCGACUUCUCCAAGCUCGGCAACACCACGUCCACCACCAAGGUCAUCGACGGCCACGUCAUCACCGUCAACGAGACCGUCAUCAGCGGCGACGACGACGGCGCCGAGCUCCACAUCCGCGUCAUCGACGUGCACCCCUCCGAGGCGCCAGAGUCGGCGAGCGCCGACGACGGUGAGAAGACGGGUAACAAGAGCGACAGCGGCGACGCGGAGUCCCUGGAGCCUCAGGGGAGCAACAGCGAGGACGUCACCCCGGCGCCAAACCACUCCGAGAACGAGAUCCCCAUGAAGCCCCUGAAGCGCUCGGUGCGCGCCGCGUCCCGCGCGUCUCGGACGCCGUCACGCCCGUCACCCGUGCGCGGCGACAUGGCCUCCGUCGGGGGUGACGACGACGACGAGGACGACGUCCAGCAGUACCAGAUGCCCGUGUUCGAGCCGGACACGCAGCAGUCCCAGGUCCCGGUGUUCGACGUGCAGCAGUCCCAGGUCCCCGUCUUCGACGUGCAGCAGCAGCAGCAGCAGCAGCAACAGCAGAGUGGUCGGCUGCGCAUGCUGCCUGCCAGCAGCGACAACCAGGUGGACGUGUUCGACAAGCCCUCGAACGGGCGGCGCGCGGACCUCAGCCAGGACACCCUGGUCAACGUGCUGCUGGAGCGUCAGCAGCAGAGGGGCGGACUCAUCAUGAUGGACCCCGACUCCGAGCUCAUGGACGUCCGCGACGGCAAGGUGGUGCGCGUCUACGGCAGCCAGGCCGGCCGCCCGGCCAGCAGGCCGGCGCGCAGGACGGCGUCCACCUCCCAGCCCUCCUCCUGGUAGGCGAGCCCAGCUCUCUGCCUCUACUUUUGCUUACAAAACCGCAUUCGCCAAACGUUUACUGAGGCAUGGAAUGGAAAUCUCUGUGAUAGUUUAUUAUGCCGUUUGAAAAGGGCGCGUCAAAGAUUAUUUUUGGUUACCAAGACUUAUUAAAAAAUAAGUAUUAAUUGUAAAUGACUGCAGACAGUCGUUGUAUUAUUAAGCGUGUUAUGUCUCCAAAAGGUACUUUUUAAAUCUAGGAAACACUUGGAUUCAAGCCAGUUUUAAAGCGACAAUCCAGAGCAUUUGACACAGAAAGAAAAGAACCUGCAAAGGCCCUCGCGAUGAUAUACGUUAUUUUCAUAAUAAUAUUGUUUGUUUUGUUGUAAUUAUAUUUAUUAAGGUCCUGAAUCAUAUACACAAUCAUCUUUCAUUCAUCGCCGCAUGUAAAAGACGAGAAUAAAGUAGCUGUAUUUAUUUCUGAA